AUGCAACAGGCCCCUAUUCGAUCGAAGAUGAAGCAGGGCGCGGUGAGAAAGCCCGCCAGCGGGAGAGGUUCCCUGCCGUCAACCAAAACUGGCCCGUUCACAGAUGACUUUCGGACGAACAAGAAGGACAAACGCAUGAUCAAGCACUCGGCCUUCGUUUCGAAGAUUGAGAAGAGCUCGCAGAAGGCGGUGAAGCGCAGACGGCCGUCAAAGAAACUUGUCGCCAAUCUCGAUUCUCUCGCCGAUGCUCUUCCAAAUGCCGAAUCGGAGAUGACCGAUGCGAGCAACCAAGUGAAUAUCAUCAAACACAAAACACUUAGACAUAAGCCCGGUGCACUCAAGCGAAAGGAAAAAAUUGAGAAGCUGGAACGCGAUCGUUUUGCGAAGAACAUGGCCCAGAUGACAGGUAUCCAGGCAGCCCCUCCGGCUGCUGGCGGCGAGAAUCCAGAUUCGGAGCAGAGCUCGACUUCAAACCGAUGGGCGGCGUUGAGGAACUUCAUUUCUCAGACGAUGGAGCAGCAACCCGUCUUCAAAGCAAAGCAGUGA